AUGGGUUGGUUCAGUGACGAUUCGCAGCAGCAGGACAACUACCAGCAAUGGAACAACUCCGAGCCCCGCGAGCAUGACCCUUCCUUCGUCCACGAGUUGAUCGCCGGUGCCGCUAGCUACGAGGCGGCCAAGGCCUACGAGGAGCAUUGCGACAGAAACGGUCAGCCCCAGAGCCACGAGAAGGCCAAGGAGAUUAUGGCUGGAUUUGCUGGUGCCUUCAUCGAUCGCGAGGUGGAGACCCGCGGCUUGGACUUCAUUGACACAGAGAAGGCCAAGUACCAGGCUAGACAGCACAUUGAGAAUGUUUCCGCCGAUCAGGCUGGCUACUAA